CGUCACUGGGGCGCGCCGCUUCCGGUCCCCAGCUCCGGAGCGAAUGACUUUCCCCUCCCCGGGGCCGCAGCCGCCCCGGAUUGCUGAUCGCGCCGCACGAGCCGCCUCGUUCGCCAGCACCUGCGUCCCAGCCUGUGCCCGUGACCAUGGCCACUGACUCGUGGGCCCUGGCGGUGGACGAGCAGGAAGCGGCAGCCGAGUCGUUGAGCAACUUGCAUCUUAAGGAAGAGAAAAUCAAACCAGAUGCCAAUGGUGCUGUUGUCAAGACCAAUGCUAAUGCAGAGAAGGCUGAUGAAGAAGAGAAAGAGGACAGAGCCGCCCAGUCCUUACUCAACAAGCUGAUCAGAAGCAACCUUGUUGAUAACACCAACCAAGUGGAAGUCCUGCAGCGGGAUCCCAGCUCCCCGCUCUACUCAGUCAAGUCCUUUGAGGAGCUUCGGCUGAAACCACAGCUUCUCCAAGGAGUCUAUGCCAUGGGCUUCAAUCGUCCAUCCAAGAUACAAGAGAACGCAUUGCCUUUAAUGCUUGCUGAGCCCCCACAGAACUUAAUUGCCCAGUCCCAGUCUGGUACUGGCAAAACAGCUGCCUUUGUGUUGGCCAUGCUCAGCCAGGUAGAACCAGCCAGCAGACACCCCCAGUGUCUGUGCCUCUCCCCAACAUAUGAGCUUGCCCUUCAAACGGGAAAAGUGAUUGAGCAGAUGGGCAAAUUUUACCCUGAACUGAAGCUAGCUUAUGCUGUUCGUGGCAAUAAGUUGGAAAGAGGUCAGAAAAUCAGUGAGCACAUUGUCAUUGGCACCCCGGGGACCGUUCUGGACUGGUGCUCCAAGCUCAAGUUCAUCGACCCCAAGAAGAUCAAGGUGUUUGUUCUCGACGAGGCUGACGUGAUGAUAGCCACUCAGGGCCACCAAGAUCAGAGCAUCCGCAUCCAGAGGAUGCUGCCCAGGAACUGCCAGAUGCUGCUUUUCUCUGCCACCUUUGAAGACUCUGUCUGGAAAUUUGCCCAGAAAGUGGUCCCCGACCCGAACAUCAUCAAACUGAAGCGUGAGGAGGAGACGCUGGACACCAUCAAGCAGUAUUACGUCCUGUGCAACAGCAGAGACGAGAAGUUCCAGGCCUUGUGUAACAUCUACGGGGCCAUCACCAUUGCUCAAGCCAUGAUCUUCUGCCAUACCCGCAAAACAGCUAGCUGGCUGGCCGCAGAGCUCUCGAAAGAAGGCCACCAGGUGGCCCUGCUGAGUGGGGAGAUGGUGGUGGAGCAGAGGGCUGCGGUGAUUGAGCGCUUCCGGGAGGGCAAAGAGAAGGUUCUGGUCACCACCAACGUGUGCGCCCGCGGGAUCGACGUGGAACAGGUGUCUGUCGUCAUCAACUUUGACCUCCCCGUGGACAAGGAUGGGAACCCAGACAACGAGACCUACCUGCACCGGAUCGGGCGCACCGGCCGCUUUGGCAAGCGGGGCCUGGCCGUGAACAUGGUGGACAGCAAGCACAGCAUGAACAUCCUGAAUAGAAUCCAGGAGCAUUUCAAUAAGAAAAUAGAAAGACUGGACACGGACGACUUGGACGAGAUUGAGAAAAUAGCCAACUGAGAAGCCCCUGCAGUCUCUGUGCCGCCCCCGCCGCGGACACGAGUGCUUCCACGGCGCACCCUGACUGUUCCCGCGAGGAUGACAGCACGAGUAGACAAACUGCCUACCUCAUCUGAAAUUACGUUUGGACUUGACAAAAAUUGUGCAAAUGAUGGGGGAAGGUAGAAAAAGAAAAUUGUUUACACAACUUUUGAAGAUUAGGCGUGAAUACACAGAAAUUUACCUUUUGGAAA